GUGACUUACAGUCAGGUAGUGAAGUCCUAGCCUUUUUAAUUACCACAGCAGAGUUUGCCAAGACCUUUAAGUAAGCUCUGUUGCGAGAAGACAUAGUGCACCAAAUCCUGCUGAAAUUCAGUGCAGUGAUUGAGCUCACAACGCAAAUAUUUUACUUGCCAUUUGGAUCUAAAAGCACAAAAAAAGGACAGAAGGAAAAAAGAAAGAAAUUACUAAGGAAUUUCUGCAUAAAGGUAGCAAAAUAGUUGUCUUAGUAUCAAUAUUACAGCUAUUAUCAGUGUCAUGCUUCAUGGGAAGAAGUUGGCCAAGCAGGUGCUGCUGCCGUCUGUGCUGGAAGACGAUGACGCAGAAACAGAAAGUGGGAAGCUGCAGCUGGGGGAGCCAAGAAUGAGCCAGACAGAGGUUGAUAUGCGUGGGCCAAAAGACCAACACUCAAGCCCUGACAGGAACGUGCUAGACAGAGGCACAAGACACGAGGAAGACGAAGAAAAGGAGCCUGAAGUACAGGAGUGCCUGAGCUCUGAUGAGGACUAUGAUACAGAUUUGGAGCUCGAAGGUAAGGAGGCGGCAUACGAUCUGACGAGGCAGACAUGCUAUGUGACAGCGUGUAAAAAGUUCCGGGUGGUCCCUGCCUCUUAUUUCCUGCAGCAUAUGCAAAAUAGCACACUGGUUAUGAUGCAUCGUGGCCUGGGGCCUCAGGGCACCAAAGCACUGGCGGUUCCCCUGGUAACCAACACUUCAAUACUGCGGCUGAACCUGCGAGAUAAUUGGAUGGAAGGCAUGGGUGGAGCUGCUAUAGCUGAGAUGUUAAAAGGAAAUUGCUACAUUACAGAGGUGGACCUGUCCAAUAACAAUCUAGAGGUUUAUGGAGCCAAAGCCAUAGCUGGUAUGCUUAAAGAGAACAGCACCCUGGUGAGACUCAUUCUGUCAGGAAACCAUUUUACAGACCGGUCCACUGAACACCUCUGCCCAGCGCUGAUCACCAACACCAAACUACAGCACCUCGACCUCAGCUACAAUGCUCUGGGGGAGAGUGCAGGGGAACACAUGGGAGAUGCUCUGUCUGAGAACACUGGGCUGAGAUCGCUAAACCUGGCAUGGAAUUGCAUUCGACAAAAAGGAGCAGUAAUGCUGGCCAAUGGUCUUGGGGAAAAUGUUUUUCUUAGAAUACUGGAUCUGUCAUUUAAUGGCUUUGGGAAAGAAGGAGCCAGUGCUUUAGGACAGGCUCUUAAAGAGAACAAUGUUUUAGAAGAGUUAAAUAUCAGUAACAACCGAAUACCCCCUGAAGGAGCGAUCCACCUCGCCAUGGGCCUCAAAGUAAACAAGACAAUCAAAUCCCUGAAUAUUGGUAGGAACCCCAUCCUGAAUGCUGGAUGCUAUGGGAUCCUUAAAUCUGUACAGGACAACCCAGAUUCAGCCUUGGAGACUUUAGACUUUUCAGACAUCACAGUAAGCCGGGAUUUUGACGACUUGUAUACAGCAGUGAAAGAAAUAUUCCCUGCGCUUAGAGUAAAUCAUGGGGGCUGCUUUGGCACAUUCAGCAAAGCAAAAGCUUGAAAAGUGUUACUGUAAUUGCUGUACUUUUAUGCCAGCAAAGAUGGAAGAAAUCUUGUCAAAGCCCUAUGGACGUUUUCAUCAACAGAUAAACCAAAGGAUGCAUGCCUGCAAAAAUAUAACUUUUAAAAAGAUGUCUUUUUUUGUUGUUAAAGAGCCAUGAGAGCAUAUCCUUCUGAAUAAAAUGCACUGUGAAUAAAUAAAACUUCUUAAAUACCCAAUCAAUUGAAAAUAAAAGCAAUUCAGAUGCUCAUUUUCCAGUA